UCCCACGAUUCUGUACCUAAUUUCCGAUUCAUUGUCGAAGUCUGGAGAUGGACGUGGUGCCUUGAGAAAUUAAAAAUGGCAGAAGGUGGCGCUGCAUGUUACAGUCGACCAGAGAAACAGUAUGUCUGUGUUAUUUGUGGUGAUGAAGGAAUAUUUGAAUCAGAGAUGCAUGACCAUAUCAAAUUACAUACAACAGAUAACUAUUGUCCUUUUUGUGAUAUGGCCGGUCUGAUAGGAUCUGAUAUGAUACGACAUGUAAACGUAGAACAUCUAGAUCUUGUCAGUCCGUCAUCCGAAAAACCUUCAAGAACUCAACAAACAAAUCAUCACUCGGACUAUUCCAAACCAUCGACAUCAAAAUCACUGAAUAAUACAUCUGAUUAUUUGGCUGCUUCAACGUCUCAUUCAUUUAAAUAUAAUUCAAGUUUUUCAUCUUUGAAUGACGAAUUAUUGAAGGACGCUGAAAACCGGGAUCCAUUAGCGCAUGUUUCGUCAUUGCCCGUCAUGGAACCACCAGAUAAAAAACGUAGUAAAUUAUAUCUAGACGUUCCUCAAAGACAAAAUGGCCUCAACUCAUUCCAUAAAGUUAAACAAGUACCGACAAAAGAUAAGGCUAGCAUGUCUCACGAUUCCGGAUUCUCAUCUUCAGGAAGUCAGAAUAGCAGUAUGGAGGCCGAACCCAGUAUAUUGAGUAUCGCAGAGGGUGCGACGGCCAUGUCACCAGCGUUUUCUUGCCCUCUGUGUAGCUUCACCACAUCCUCAGAUUCGUUGAUUCAGCAACAUGUCAACCGCGAACAUUCCGAUAUUCUCAGCCCGAUGAAACAAGGCCCAGGGUGCAAUGUAAACUUGGACGAUAUUGAUGUAGUAUAUUCAUGUCCAAUUUGUGCAAUCAGUUUAGACAGUCCAAAAGAUGUUGAACUUCAUAUCAAUUCUAAACAUGCAGACGUUUUAAGUCCGGGAAAAUUUCUCAGUGAUCAAGGCUCUGAUGAUUUGUUGAUCUGUCCAGUGUGUGGGGAAAUAUUUACAGAUCCCAAUUUUCUAACAGGUCACGUCGAUGGACAUUUUUCAGCAACUCAUACUCCAGUAAAUGAAGCCACAGAUCAACUUAUAGCUGAAGAAUUACAACAGAGAGAACAAGAUCAAGCUGAAAUGGAGAAAAAAGAUUUCCAGACCCUACAGGCAAUGUAUGGGAUGGAUGGUAAAACAGACUAUAAACAGCAGUAUGAGAAGAAUUUAGAAAGAGCUGUGUGGAAUGGUCAUUUAUCAAUACCAGAAUAUCACAAACAAAAAACAAAUCUUAAAUGUAAUGACUUAAAUGGUGUAGAUGAUGGGCAUUCGUGUACAAAAGGUAUUAUAGUGAAACUACAGUAUUAUUAUAAACAUACUAGUAGCUGUGUUCAUCGCUGGUGGCUGGCCACAUCUGUAGAUCAUUAUUCGGUGUCGUUUGGUGAUAAAGGUUGGGGGUGUGGCUAUAGAAACUUUCAAAUGUUAUUAUCAUCCGUUACUGCUGAACUUGAUAUAUCCCAGGUGCUAUUUAAUGGUAAACCCCUCAUCCCAUCAAUACCCAAAAUACAGCGAUUAAUAGAGGUGGCGUGGGAAAAAGGUUUCGACAAACAAGGCUCGGAACAAUUAGGGGGAAGGGUUGUUAAUACAAAUAAAUGGAUUGGAGCAACCGAAAUAGUAGCAACAUUAUCUUCAUUAAAAAUAAAAUGUCGUUUAGUGGAUUUCUUGGGUCCAUCUGGUCCCGAUGGAACGCAUCCAAAAUUAUUCCAAUGGGUGAAAGAUUAUUUCCAGUCAGCUUGUGAAUUUAAGGCACCACUUUAUUUACAACAUCAAGGACAUAGUAGAACAAUUAUUGGAAUAGAAGAAAUGAAAGAUGGAUCCGAUCGUCUGUUAAUCUUUGAUCCGAGUAUUAGUCAGAAACAGAUGCAACACUUCCAGGGUCGAAUAGAUAAUAGUAUGUUGCGUACCUUACGACGAACUAUGGCAGGUUUAAAAGCUAAACAAUAUCAAAUUGUAGCUGUUGUAGGUGUUUUAUCUGAUGAAGAAUAUGAAAGAUGCAAAAUACUUCAAUCAGAGAAAAUCAGAUGACAAUGAGGUGAUAUUAGUAGUGUGAAUUGAGUGAUAUGAAUGACAUAGAAAUUCUAUAUAAAAUAUUAAAACUUUCCUUUUUAUCAUUCUAAUGAAAAUUAGAUCUUUAUUCGUUCUAAAUUUAGGUUAUUUAUGUUGGCCUAUACAUUUACUUAGAUAUAACUAAUUCUGUAUCAGUUGUGGGUUUUGCUUGGAUUUUGAUUUAGGCAGAUGUGAUUGGUUAUCAUGAUUUAAACCCAAGACAAAACAUUUUAUCAUUGGCUAGGUGAGGUCAAUUGAAUACAUUCGUCUUAAAAAUGUUGUUAGACUGCACUGUUGUAUAGCAACAUAAAAACAUUAAAAAAACAAAGUUUAUAAUUUUAAUUAGUCUGAAUUUGUAUUAUUUUAUUAUUUAACCCUUUCAUUGCGUAUACCCGGUAGUACCGGGUAUUAUAAAAUGCCGGUAAAAUACGCGUACCCGGUAUUACCGUGUACUCAGUAAAGCCCUCGCUAAAAUUAGUACCGUAACUGCAAGUGCCAUCUAUUGUAUUUUCUAUACACUAUACACGCGUUUCAAAGCGGCAAACCGUAAAAUGGCGGAGUGCAUAGUGACAACGUAGACGAUGCCCUCUCGACGAAGUCGUGAAUGACGUCUUGCAGACCAACACGUGGACAAUUUCGAGCGGGUGAUACACAUAAUUUGUUUCCAGUUACUUGAUAAUGAUAGUAGUCAGGACAGUGAUUGGUAUUAUGAAGUGUGUGAUUUGUUGCGCGACGUUCCGCCCAUGGCUAUGUCUCCCGUGCAUGAUGAACAAGCCCAAUGUGAACACGAUAGCCCUGUGUCUGCAGUAGAUUCUGACAAUAAUUCUGAUGUUGAUAAUAAUGCUGGCCUGCUGGAUCGUAAAAGACGUAGGCAAUUCCUGAGUCCCGAACGUGUAGAUCUAUUGACUAACUGUAUUGAUAAUGAUAUGGGACUUGAGGAUGAAAGUGAAAGUGAAAACAAGGUAUUGCAGCUUCCAACAGACAAAAAGAUUUUUCAUAAAAGCUUCCAUAAGUAGUGUUUGGCUUUCAGUUCCAACCCCCCUUUUUUCCUCAAAAAAGGGUCUAUCACAGGCAGUGGAUUUACGUCUAGCAUUGAAAGGGUUAAGCAGAGAAUCUCUUUUUAAGAAAAGAAUAAUAUAGUUUGAAUAUAGUUUAUUUCAAAAAUAAUAAGAAAUACAUAACAAUUAAUGUGUCUAAAGAUCUGAUUAAAUUCCAAUUGAUGUCCGAAUACAAUAGCUACACAUAUAUGCACAGACUGACGUGAAUUUUUAUUUCCAUCCUAUUAAUCAGAAACAUUAUUUAGUGUUUGAAAUUUACAAAAUGGAAUUAGUCCAUGUGCAUUUUAUUUAGAAUUUUCCAUUUUAUAAAAUAAACUACUAUUAAUUAGUUUUAUUUAAAUUUUAUUAUUCAGGUUGUUGAGGCAGUAAAAUGUAAAUACUCAGUCAUAUGACAUUCUUUACCUCACUUUAAACAUUAUUUACAUUAUAUUUAGUCAGGCAGGCUUGGAUAUAACUAGUUCAGAUAGUAGUAUGUGUGGGUUGUAUGUGGCAGCUUACUUAUAGAAGUAAUAUGCAUACUGUACUAUGUAAAUGCAAUAAGCAAACUCUGUAUCAGUUGUGGGUUUUGCUUGGAUUUUGAUUUAGGCAGUUGUGAUUGGUUAUCAUGAUUUAAACCCCAUGCCCUUGUUUACCAAUAACUAAGUCAAAUUUGUUUCCAUAGAAACAUAAAAAUGAUUAAAUCCAAGAAAUUUCUAAUUAGCAAAAGGCACAACUUCUAAAGUUGAUGUGUGUACAAAGUUUCAUAAAGAUAUCGGUUUAUGAGAUAUGCCCCGAAAUAUAAAUCAGGACAGACAGAGCCCAUUUUAACAUUCAUCACUACUAAAUUUUGACCUAAAUCAAAGAGAUUUAGCAUCUUUAAGUCGUAUAAUGGAAUGAGUUUUAGUGUGUAAGUAAAUAGGACUGACAUAUAGCAAUAUGUCUAAACUAUACAAAAAUGUGAUUUUGUUGAUUUCUAUACCAAUGCUAUAGGACUGACACAUGCAGCAAUGUCUAAACCAUAUACAAUAAUGUGAUUUUGUUGAUUGCUAUACCAGUGCUAUGGGACUGACAUGUGUAGUAAUGUCUAACCCAUGAUAAUGUGAUUUUGUUGUUAAAUAUUAUCGCUAUACCAGUGCUAUAAAUGGUGCUUUCAUUGUGUUGUGAGCUAAUUAUAUUAAUAAUAAAUAUGUACCAAAGAUUAAUAUGGUGGUCCGUGAAUAUUAAUGUAAAAGUAUUUAUUGUGUGUUACUAUGUAGUAUAUUGUGGUUCUUUUAAAAAAUACAUAUUUUUUCCAGUCUAAUUAAAAUUACACUAAGAUUUCCCACUCGGCAAACCUCGGCAGAUUCCUGUACCCUACAUCUAGUCUCGGCUGUAUGACGGUAAGUGAUAUGUACCUACGCCUAUACAUGCCGCUUUUAGAAAGAAGUUCUCACAAUUGUGUCUUUCGAAGAGUGUGUAGAAUUUUCGGUGCAAACUUGUCAUUGUCUAUAGAAAAUCGAAUAAACUUAAGAGAAAAACAGCUUCAGACUUUGAAAUCUUUGUAUGAUAAAACAUUCUUCAAAGGAGUCGUCAUGGGCAACGCCGUUGGUAAUCCAGGAACUUGAAAGUAGUUUCAAUAGCAGACUUCGUCAUACAGCCGAGGCUAGAUGUAGGGUACUGGAAUCUGCAGAGGUUUGCCGAGUGUAAGAUUUCCUUUUGGUUUAUUUGGCUGUUGUUUAAAUAUUUGUCUAAUCAUGUCUUUAUUGGGCUCUUUCCAUAAUACAUGAUCUGUGAUUGGUUGAUGCCAAAUCUAAAGAUUGGACAAUUCCUCAAAAUGUUUUAAAUGACUCCAGAAUCGAUUUCCUUAAACUCGUAUCUAGAUGUUGAUAAUCAAAAUAAACAGAAAGGAAAUAAUAUAUAGUUUUGAUUACAGGUAGAUUUGUAUGUGCGAAUAAGAAUAGACAAAAUUAGUCAUGGAUUGAUUCAAAUCUGUUUAUAGAAACUGAAAUAUUAGAAUCUUUAUACCAGUGAUACUAAACAAAUUAAAAAAGAAGAGAUAUCUUUAAAUCUCUGGAGGUAAUUUAGAUUGAUAAGUCAUAGCUUACAUUUCAAAAGUUUAAUUAUUGUCGCUUCUUCUUUUCUAAAAACAUAUAUUUACUAAUGGUGUAUGUUUUUUUUAUAUUAUUUUUUUUUUUUUUAUUACGGUUUAAUUUUGUUAACCUGCAUUCCAAAUAAAUAUUAUCAUAUUGGUUGACAAGUCCAUCAAUAUACAAUUUUUGUUCUGAUGCUAUGAAGGAAGAAAUCAUCACGUGACAAUAUAACUAUGUAGGGCUUUUAUUGUCCCCCGCCUUUCAAAGAAAGCAGGGGACUAUUAAAAUGGGUUCGACUGUCUGUCUGUCCGUCACACUUUUUGGGACACAAUAACUCUCCUUCUAAUUGACCUAGAAUGUUCAAACUUGGUGUAGAUGUUUAUUAGGUCAAUGCCUUGAUGGAGUUCGAAGAUGAGCAUUUUCUGCUUAGGGUAAGCAGAGAUAAGCAAUUUGAUUGGUUGAUGCUUUGGGACACGAUAACUUUAGUUCUAAUUAAGUGAAAGUGAUGAAACUGGGUGUAUAGUUUCAUUACAUCAAUACUUUGACUAAGUUCAAUAAUGAGCAUUUUCUGCUCAGGGUAAGCAGAGCGAUAAGCAAUUUGAUUGGCCAAGACUUUGGAACACAAUAACUCUCCUUCUAAUUGAGCUAAAAUGUUCAAACUUGGUGUAGGUGUUUAUUAGGUCAAUGCCUUGAUGGAUUGUUAAGAUAGCAUUUUCUGCUUAGGGUACAUUGUAAGUAGAGAUAAAAAUUUGAUUGGUUGAUGCUUUGGGACACGAUAACUUUAGUUCCAAUUAAGUGAGAGUGAUGAAACUUGGUGUAUAGUUUCAUUACAUCAAUACUUUGUCUAAGUUUGAUAUUGAGCAUAUUCUGCUCAGGGUAAGCAGAGUGAUAAGCAAUUUGAUUGUCCGAAACUUUGGAACGCAAUAACUCUCCUUCUAAUUGAGCUAGAAUGUUCAAACUUGGUUUAGGUGUUUAUAAGGUCAAUGCCUUGAUAGAAUGCGAAGAUGAGCAUUUUCUGCUUAUGGUAAGUAGAGAUAAGCAAUUUGAUUGGUUGAUGCUUUGGGACACGAUAACUUUAGUUCUAAUUAAGUUCGAUGAUGAAACUUGGUGUAUAGUUUCAUUACACCAAUACCAUGACUAAGUUCGAUGAUGAGAAUUGUCUGCUUAGGCUAAGGAGCAAUAAGCAUUUUGAUUGGUCAAGACUUUGGAACAUAACAAUUCUGCUUCUAACUGAGGUAGAAUGAUUAAACUUGAUGUAGAUGUUCGUCUUGACUGAGUUCAAUGAUUAACAUAUCGAGCUAAACCUAAGCAGAGAUAAGCAAUUUCCUUGGUCGAUGCUUUGGGACAAGAUAACUUUGAUUCUAUCUGAUAGAGAGUGAUGAAAAUUAGUGUAUAGUUGAUAAUCAGUUUGAUUGCUCGAUACUUUUGAAAAAAAUAGAUGUGCGAUUAAUUAAUAUGUGUCAUCUAUUUAUUUGGGGAUUUCGGCGGGGGACAUCAGCCUCACUGUUGGCUUGUUUCUCAAAGGGAUAAAUGUGUUCUUCAUUUCCUUAAAAGUAACCACAUUUCUCAUGAGUUUGGUCAAUAUGAACUCAGUUUAGCUGUGGUACGAAUUACAUGUGAUGAAGCAAACCAAAACUGUCAUUUCUGUCAAGCUGUAUUUAUAGACAAAAUUUGUUGGUUCAUUAGGUUUUUCUGAGGACGCAGCACUUUAAGUAUAUAUAAAUUCAAUUUCUAUAUAUGUCUGAUUUUUUUGUAAGAGUAUGAGCUAAAUUACAAUUUGCAAUACGGUACAUGUGGUGUAGACAUCAAUAUGUUAAUGUAUUGUGUGAACUGUAAAAUAUUGCUAAAAGUUUCAAACAAAUUGUUAAUGCGUUUUUUUAUCUGUGCCAAUAUUUGUAAAUAUAAUUUAUAUAAAUGUUUUAGAAUUAUAAUAAUUAAUAUCUUUAAUGUAUAAUAUGGUAUAAUUGCCUUUAUUCACCUUCAUUCUACCUUUGUUAAAAGUUAUUUGAAAAGUGCCAUAAAUUUAACUUUAGUCCUAGAAAAAAAUUAAAAAAAAAAUAAUUUAUAGA